AAAAAAAAAAAAAAAAAAAAAAAAAAAAAAAAAAAAUUAGUAACAAUAUGCGUACACAACUUUCCUUUUUCCUUUUAUUAUUACUAUAACAAUGUCGACUACAACAAAAAGAUCUGGACGAGUUCGUGCUAUUGAAAGUAUUGAAAAUAAUGAUUCAACAGGACGUCAAAGACAGAUAAAACGCGAUGAAGCCAUUCGUAAAAAACUCGAACAGGACUUUUUAAAAAAGACAAAGAGUAGUCAUGCAUCACGAUCGCAGAUGGUUGGCCGACGAGUACCUGGCACUGUAUCUGCACUUAAACCAGGCCAGGCCCUGACUGUAAAAGAAAAUAUGUUAGUACUCGAAUCUGCUCAACUCAUGGCGGCUAAACGCUGUGAUUGUGUUCUAGUUGUGAAUGACAAUGAUCAUUUAUCAGGUAUUUUUACAGCUAAAGAUAUUGCGUAUAGAUUGGUUGCAGAAGGUUUAGAUGCGAAGACAACACCUGUUGUGGAUAUUAUGACAAAGGAUCCAUUAUGUGUUACAUCAGAUACUUCUGCAACUGAAGCACUUAAUCUUAUGGUUGCUAAGGGAUUUCGGCACUUACCUGUAUGUAAUGAAGAGGGCGAUAUAUUUGGCUUAUUAGAUAUUACAAAAUGUUUAUACGGUGCGCUAGGCAAAAUUGAACGCGCUUUAACACAAAAUACUGUUGAACUUAACCAAUAUGUAGAAUCAUUACGAACUACUUGUCCAAAUUUACGUUCUGUCCUGACUGGGCCUCCUCAAGCUGAAGUUAAAUAUCGUACUAAUGUUAAGGAUAUUGCCAUUAUGAUGAAGGAGUUACGUACAACUGCUGUUCUAGUAACAAAGCACCAUCAUCUGGCCGGUAUUUUCACAUCAAAGGAUAUUGUACUGCGUGUAAUUGCUGCUGGUUUAAAUCCUGAAAAUUGUACAGUAGUACGUGUAAUGACACCAAAUCCAGAUACCGCAUCACCUGAAACAACAGUAAUUGAUGCACUUAAGUUAAUGAAUGAGGGACAUUAUUUAAAUUUGCCAGUGUUAGAUAAUGGUAUUGUCAUUGGUGUAGUAGAUGUAUUAAAACUAACUUAUGUUACCCUGGAACAGGUAAGUGGAGGGCAACAAAAUGGUCCUAUGUGGGGUCGUUUCUGGGAUGCCCUCGAAGAAACCAAUUCUCAACUCUCUGAAACAUCUGCUCAAUAUAUAUCCCCACAACCUUCGACAUCUUUUCAAAGCUAUUAUUCAGAUAUUACACCCAAUGAAUCUGCCAGUAUGGUGAAUAACAAGCAAAGUACUGCAAGUACAACCACUACAAAUACCUCUCAACAAGAAGACACAUUUACAUUUAAAUUCACAUUCUUGAAUAAUAUCCAUCGUGUUGUCUGUCGACCUGUGUUUACUGAGUUAUUAGAAGCAGUGAGGUCCAAAAUGACAGCAGAUCAUGGUGACGAUGUCGGUGAUGAGGAAUGGUUGGUGAUUUCAUAUAUAGAUGAUGAAGAAGACCAAGUAUUAAUAUCCUGUGAUGCUGAUGUUAUCGAUGCAGUUCGGUUAGCUCAAAAGAUGGGACAAACACGAGUCAAAUUAAUUGUACAAGAUAUACAAAAAGAAGUGAAUGAGGAAGAGGAAGUAACGAUAGAAAAAGAGGAAGUAAUGAUAGAAAAAGAAGUACCUAUUGUAGAAGAAAAAAAGGAAGAAAAUAAUUCUACUAAAUCAAGUUCCACUAGCAAUUUUUUGCUGCCGGUUGCUAUUGGAUUUUUAGGACUUGUAAUCACUGGAGUUAUCAUAUUCUCAAAGAGAGGUUCAAAGAAAUAAAUAAAUAAAUAAAUAUACUUAUAUGCAUAUAUACAUGUAUGUAUGUAUUAUAUAAAUAAAAAUGCAGAAAGUUGCAUUUUAUAUAUAUACAAAUUUGGCAUUAAUAACAAUGCUAUUGCC